UUUAUUUUUUCAGCAUACAAUCAUGCUGGGCAGUAUUAUAAUGUUUAUUGGGUCAAGGCCCAAUGGUGCAGUAGGAGUUACUAUUCACGUGAACAGAAUGAUGGCUGCUGAAUUAAGGAGAUAAAGUUUAGAUUGUUGCUUAGUUUAGUAAGGGUAUCUACUGACUUGGGCAACAGAUUGCUUUAAAUAGGGUUUGAAGGACAUGGUUUGUUAGGAAUGUUGUUACUCUAUUCUUAGCGCGUCUGCAGUGUAGGCCAUAAGAAAAAAAGACCUUAUACCUCCUGUGGUCAGCCCCCUCUCUCCUGUUCAACCCCCUCUCUGUCUACCAUGUAGGUCACAGCUUAUCGGUUGCUUUGCCAUAUACAUUAUGAUGUUUUUCUCAGCUAUGGUCAUAGUUUAUGUGUCGCAUCUCCCAUCUUAAGUUCAUAUUCUACCACACAGAUUGUGGAUGCCCUAAGGGUCACCGGUCAAGUCAAGUUUUCUUGAUAAAAGGGAUAUCAUUUACUUGUUUAUGUAUGAAUUAAGCAAUGAAUUUAGUCAAAAUACAUAACUAAAGCCUUAAAGCUUCGCUUACCACUCCAGAAUUAGGCCCUGCUGUGUCAAGAGUGCUGAGAACUUUAUCCCUGGUAUCUGACCCUUACCAACAGAUUCAUCUGACAAGUAUAUUUCGUAGUUAGGUUAGUGGUACAAUGUUAUCCGAGUGAUUUGGAAAGGUGAUUUCUUGUUUGAUCUUAGAAGAUUGCAUUGUUUAUUUUAUUGGUAUCCACCUUCUGUCUGGAUACAGACAAACAAUUGUCUCUUAGUUUCCUAACCUUCCACGGUAUGAGUUCUAUCCAGUCCCACCUGGCCCACGGGGAGUAUGUCGAACCUAGAACAUGAGCCUGGUUGGACAUGUUAUGGAAGUACAGUAUUGAUAUGCGGUCCAUAGGGCAGUGUAUAUAGGAGAUUGACAUGGGCACAAACUCUAAAAAAGGCCCAUAAUACCUAUUAUUGUACUCUUAAUAGGAUAAGUUGAGUCUCAAACUAUUAGAUGUUUAUUAGUUAAACAUGCAUUCUGCUCCUCUAGGCACCUAACACUGAGCAAUUCACCUCUAGCCUACCCCAACUUGUUUGGGACUAAAGGCUUUGUUGUUGUUGUUGUUGUAGGGAUGGCUACAUACAGAGUGCAGAUUGCAACUAGUGUAAUAAUAUGUUGUCCAAAUUGCAAUUAGCUCUAAAAACUAAAAUAAAAGUAGGGAUGGCUACUUACAAACAACCUUUUUGUACAAAAUAUGUCAAUUUAGUACUCCCACCGAUCCAUAUUACUUGUCGUUGGUUUAGUACAACUUUAGUACAAAGUUGUACUAAACCAACCAAAGUUGUACUUAACCAGCGACAAGUAUGACCGGGGAGAGUAGUAUAUACUAUCAUGGGACAAUUCCAUUCUUGCCCCUAGUUGGUUCCCACCCCCGGGUUUUGCCCUUACUUUUCGGGCAUGCUCAGUUUUGCCCUUAGUUUUUCCCCUCCGUCAGCUCGAAUGCCCUUCUGUCACAGCUCCGCUUGGUCAGCACCGUUUGACCGUGACGGCUCGACGUUUUGGACACAUUUGCCCCUGGGUUUGAUACCCCCCACCUGUUUAGUCGUCUUCUAGCUCCCGCUUCACAAGAAAACAGAGAAGCGGCUGGGAAGAGAGGUGUGACAUCGUGGUGUGGGGAGAGGUGGGAAGGACCAUGUCGACGUCGGCCAUCUCGUCGGAGAACUCGCCGCCGGCAGCCGAACAGGUGGAUGGGGUAGGCAUUGUUCAGCACAGCUCCGAGUUCUACUUGGCAGACUCGACAUACUGUGGCUUGGAGCCGCGCUCGAAGCAUCGUUGCCCGAGGCACCAGCUAAUCCCGGCUUGUCGUGUCGCCUGGGGAGGCGCAAGCACUGGACGUCGUUUUUUGGGUUGCCCUCUGGAUUUGCCAGAUGAAUGUGAAUGGGCAGUUUGGGUUGACCCACCACCUCCAGAACGUGUUGGUCUUGCCUUUGAAGAACUGCACGAAGUGAUCGAACAUAGCUGGAUCAGAAGUCACCACCUGGAGAAGAGAUCAAUUGAUCUUGCGAAGAAGAAUCGUGCAUUGAACAAGGAGUUGAAGAAAAUGAAAGAAAUUAUGUGCAUAGGGACAAUGUUGUUUGCUAGCAUUUUCAUUUGUUUUCUAGCAAUCUCAAUGGCUGUCUGUGCACAGAAUGCACAUUAGUUUAUGAUCUAUGUAGCUCAAAUGCACUUGUUAUGUUAUGAAGCUGUAAUGAACAUAUGAAGUUGUAUGAACCUAGCAGUUGUUAUGUUAUGUUAUGAAGCUUUA